AAAUGCAGGUGAAUCGGAACGUGCUCGUCCGAUUGCGUCACGAGAGAAACUCUGUUUUUCCUAGUCGCGGUUGGUCGCAGUCGGCCAUGACGGCGGGCGCGUAGGAACGUCGAGGGCAGUGCCGCGGUAAUAUUCGGUGCGGUAACGCCCUAGUGACGCUGCUCAACGCGAUUCGCUCGUCGUCUCGUAAUUACGCGCGUAGAUCGGUGAAAUAAUAAAGAAGAAAAGUAUACGAAUAAAGCAAAAAUAUGCCGGAAGAACAAAAGGUCGCUGAUACUGCAACGACAACGACAACGAGACACAAUGUGGAGACAACGGCGGAGAAUGGGACUGACACGGGUGAGACUGGGACAAAUACGCUCACAAAAAGCCCAGUUAGCAGAGGAAAGAUGGCUCUUGCUAAAGUUCUUCUUCUCGACGGCACAACAAAGGAUUUUUACAUUGAUAGGAAGGCAAAAGGUCAAGAACUUCUCGAUAUGAUUUGUCAAAGCAUGAAUCUACUGGAGAAAGAUUAUUUUGGUCUUAUUUACGAAGACAGACAUGAUCCGCGCAAUUGGUUGGAUCUUCAUAAGAGAAUUACGAAAUUUGUAAAAACUGAACAAUGGAAAUUCAAUUUUGAAGUAAAAUUCUACCCACCGGAUCCAGCUCAAUUGCAAGAAGACAUCACUCGUUAUCAACUAUGCCUUCAGAUCAGAAACGAUAUUAUUACAGGGCGUUUACUUUGUUCCUUUGUGACACAUGCUCUUCUAGGCUCCUAUCUGGUUCAAUCAGAAGUCGGAGAUUACGAUCCUGAGGAACAUGGAAGGACAUAUUUAAAAGAUUUUAAAUUUGCCCCCAACCAAACGCCCGAAUUAAUUGAGAAAGUGAUGGAUCUUCAUAAAACGCAUAGGGGUCAGACGCCCGCUGAAGCAGAAUUACAUUAUCUCGAGAAUGCGAAAAAGUUAGCUAUGUAUGGUGUAGAUCUUCAUCCCGCGAAAGACUCGGAAGGUGUUGAUAUAAUGUUGGGUGUAUGCGCCUCGGGCCUUCUUGUUUAUAGAGAUCGUUUGAGGAUUAAUAGAUUUGCCUGGCCAAAGAUAUUAAAAAUAUCUUACAAGAGACAUAAUUUUUACAUUAAAAUCAGACCAGGCGAUUUUGAACAAUUUGAAUCUACAAUUGGAUUCAAAUUGGCGAAUCAUAGAGCGGCGAAAAAAUUAUGGAAAGUAUGCGUGGAGCAUCAUACUUUCUUCAGACUUAUGAGUCCAGAGCCUGUGAAGAAGGUAGGAAUAAUUCCACAUCUAGGGUCUCGUUUCCGAUAUUCUGGAAGAACUCAUUAUGAAACGAAAAAGACUCCUAUCGAUAGGCAACCUCCGCAAUUUGAGAGGUCUUUGAGUGGCCGACGACUUACAUCCAGAAGCAUGGAUGCAUUAGGUGGGCCUAAACCGAUUGAAACGUAUGGUUCCGAACCAAGCAAACGGCAUACUAUGAGUUAUGAACCUGAAAUGCUUCCUGAUGAUAUAGAACAUAUAGAUAGACGGCCUAGUCCAAUCAAGAAGCAAAAAGAGAAGCUCACACGAAAAACAAGCGCUGGAACAACAUCAGCUAGCAGUACCAGUAGCCUGGAAGGAGAAUAUGAUGCAGAUCGUGGGAGAAAGAAACCGGUCGGAGGAAUUGCUGUCCUACCGCCCGGUGGUCUAUCAAAGAAGAAGAAGGAUAAACAGAAUGAGAAUGAAAAGGAAAAUCAUAAUGAUCUGAAUAACACUAAUCUGAUUAAUGACAAUGCACACCUUGACAAUAUUGAUGACAAAUCAUUAUCUAAAAAAGAAUUAAAAAAGAAGGAUAAAGAAACCCCUGAAAAAAUGGAUAAAGAAAAGAAGGAUAAAAUUAAGAGUCCUGUCGGCGGUUUCCUGUUUACCAAGAAGGACAAGGAUAAAAAACAGAAAAAGAAAGAACUCGAUGAAUCCAUGGACAAAAAUGAUGUUGAAUCAAAUCUUUCUACAUCGGAAAAAUCAGAAAAAGAAAUUGAUAAAAAACCGGACGUGAACAAAAUUCAAGAUCCAGCGAAAUCUCCUCAACUUCCUGGUUACACAAAACCUUAUGACUACGAAGAAACAGAAGCCACAAAAAAGCCAUUUAUUCCACAUGGAUUCACAUACCGACCUGCAUCGCCGGGAAUACAGGACCAGCCAUCACCUACUUCAACUAGUCGGAAGGCUACAGGUUUAGCAUUUAAUUAUGCUCCGGGAGAAGAAAAGAAGGUGGCAGAAUCUGCAGAAAAGAGAAAAACGAAGGAGGUAGACAAACAAGCGCCAACGUUAAAAACACCAGGACUCAAUUACGUCGAAUCUGCUGGUCUUAAGGAGCAGCAAAAAAAUGCUACGAAAUCAAAUAUUGAGAAAGAUCAAACAACAGCUUUUAUCGAUAAUGAACGACAACAUGGAGAUGCUUCAGUCGGUCAGCAUGUAGUAAUUCCACCAGUACCAGUGGAAUCUAAACCAGAUUAUCAUAUUCUUCCUCUUCCCGAUGGCUCGAGAGUUAUUGGAGGUAUAAUUUAUACCAAAGAAGGUAAACCAUUAGAUCAGAAUCAUCUCGGACCAGAUGGCAGCAAGGUGAUAGAUGGUAAAAUUUGUGGAAAAGAUGGUAAACUAUUAAAGAAGGCGGAUUUCGGACCACAUGGGAUUCACAUCAGCAAUGGUAUAAUUACCGGAAAAGAUAAUAAACCUUUCCAUCAGGAGAUAUUGGGCACAGAUAGAAAUGCUAUAAAAAAUGGAAUUAUUUAUUCUUCUAACGGUGAGAUGGUAAAACAAUCUUUUCUUGGACCAGAUCAUGCGGUGGUCAAAGAAGGGAAGAUAUUACUGAAGAGCAACAAACCAGUUCAAUAUUGUCAAUUAGGUGCAGAUGGAACGUACGUGAAAGAAGGUUUCAUAUUUACAUCGGGAUCUAAACCCAUGACUCAGGGAUCGUAUGAUACAGACGAAAAAUAUAUAGUUGCCGGUAUAGUAUGUAACGAAGAAGGCAAACCUUUGAAUCAGAUUGCGAUUGUACCUGACGACACAUUUAUCUGUGACGGCUUGAUACAUGGACAAGAUGGAAAGCUGCUUAAUACCGGCAAAUUAGGUUCUGAAGGUCAUUACAUCUCGGAGGGAAAGAUUCACUCGAAAGAUGGUAAACUGGUCAAACACGAAUCCUUCAAUUCUGAUGGAUCUAUUAUGAAAGAUGGCAUAGUUUAUUCAAAAGAUGGAAAAUUCUUGACUCAAGGAUCUUUGCUGCCAAUCGGUGCUCACUUAAAGGAUGGCAAAGUAGUUGGCAAAGAUGGCAAGCCCGUUAAGCAUGCAUUUUACAAAUCCAACGGUAGUUUUGUCAAAGAUGGUGUGAUAUACGGAAAGGAUGGCAGACCCCUAAGUCAAAUUCCAUUAAUAGCCGAUGGUCAUUUCAUUAAAGACGGUUUAAUACACAACAGAAACAAUAAACCAUUAUCUCAAGGCCUGUUUAAAUCUGAUCAUCUUGUAAUUAAAGAAGGUAUAUUACAUAAUAUGGAUGGUACAGUAUUAUCAAAUGCUUCUCUCGGCCCUGAUGGAUUUGUAGUGAAGGACGGCACAGUUCUAGGAAAAGAUGGUAAACCAGUAAAACACGAAUCAUUUGGUUCGAAUGGAAGCUAUAUAAAGAAAGGUAUCAUUUACGCAAAAAAUGGAAAGCCACUUAAUCAAGAUUCAUUGGUGCCUGAAGGUGCAGCUAUUAGAGACGGCAAGGUGUAUAGCAAAGAUGGUAAAUUAUUAAAGUUCUCAUUCUUUAAACCAGAUGGUAGUUACAUCAAAGAUGGUCUUGUUUAUGGCAGCGACCGUAAACCAUUAAAUUUAAAUGCAGCUUUACCGGAUGAUAGUUUUAUCGUUAACGGUGUAAUAUUUGACCACUCGGGAAAGCCCUUGAGCAAAGAUUCAUUUGGAUCCGACGGUUCGUAUGUCGCAGGUGGAUUAAUCUAUGAUAAAGAUGGUAGGAUCGUGUUGCAAGGCGUAUUUGGUCCCGAUGGCAACACGAUUCGAAACGGCAUUAUCAUAGGAAGAGAUGGUAAACCCUUGACGCAAGACGACAAAGGUCCGGAUAAUAUAGCGAUUAACAAUGGAAAGAUCGUGGACAAUCAAGGGAAUCCGAAAAAUCUACCUUCAUUGGUACCCGACGGAUGUUACAUACAAGACGGAGUGGUUUAUGACAAGAAUGGACAACUUUUGAAGCAAGGUGCAUUCAAGCCAGAUGGAUGUUACAUUCGAGAUGGUCUUAUAUACGGCUGGGGAGGCCAAUUGCUAAAUGCGGGAUCCGAGUUACCUGGUGGUAGCUACAUUGAGGAAGGUAGACUAUAUGGAAAGGAUGGAAAACCUUUGAAUCAUGCCUCGUUCGGUACGGAAGGUAACUUUAUUGAAAACGGUAUUAUUUAUGGAAAGGAUAGAAAACCGCUUAGUCAUGGUACGUUCGGCAACGACGGCAGUUAUAUACGAAACGGUUUACUACACGGACCAAACGGAAAGCCAUUAAAUAAAAAACAGGCCAUAAUUAUUGUUACGUCCGUUCGUUACGGUUUAGUUUGCGGUGAUGAUGGAAAACCAUUAAGGUAUGGUAAUUUUGACAAUGAGGGUAGCGUGGUCAAAAAUGGCAGGAUUUAUGAUGAUGCGGGAGGAUAUCUUAACCAAGAUAUUUAUGGCCAAGACGGUAACUUCAUUAAGGAUGGUCUGAUUUAUGGACGCAAUGGAAAGCCUCUCUCUCAAGGGGUUUUACCACCUGAAAGUAGUUUCAUCAAAAACGGCAAAGUUUACGACGCGAAUGGUCAACCGCUAACGCAAGAGGCAUUCGGGCCGGAAGGUUUGAAAGUUAUACAGGGAAUCGUGGUAGAUAAAACUGGAAAACCGAUAAAACAGAUGAGCUUCGAUGAUGAAGGAAAUGUCGUCAAGGAUGGAAUAAUUUGCGCACCUACUGGAAAACCGCUCGACAAACAUUUUACGACUAUUACGAUCACAAUGGUGCACAGAGGUCUGGUAUGUGACAAAGAUGGAAAACCAAUCUUACGAGCACCGUUUGGUACUGACGGUGGUUUCGUUAAAGACGGCAAGAUAUACGAUAAAUUCGGGAAACCGUAUAAUCAGGAACUUUUCGGCGAGGAUGGUUCGUAUGUGAAAGACGGAGUGAUAUACGAAAACAACGGCCAACCGAUGGAUAGUACGACGAUUCUGAAGGACUUACAGGAUCCAUUAAAAUCCAGUCCUACGAAAUUAAAGAGACCCGCGGUUCCAGCCGUAAUACCAACGAUCGUAAAAACGACGACCAAGCAAUCGGUAGUUAAGGAUCAGGAAGGUGUGACGCAAAAUAUUCAGGAAAAGAUCGAGGAUCUUACACCCGGUGGUACAGGUCAAGUCACGGUCUCUACUCACGUCAACAAGGCGGAAGCACCAGAUGAUGGUAGAACUCCAUAUAUGACAGCGACAGCUGUCACUACACGUACCGCUACGAUGCAUGAGGAUCUUGAAAAGAAUCAGAAGACCAGCCAGGUAGAGGAAAAGACUGUAGCACAUACAACCGCAACUAGUGCGACAAGACAGGAACAACGAGUAGUAACACAAGAGGUUCGAACGACGAGUCAUGUGCUUUCCGGUGAACAGCUGUUCUCACGAAGACUAAGUACCUCGAGUUCAAGCAGCGGAGAUUCGGGUACACCAAUUGAUCUUGACGAUGACCAACAAGCUUUCUACAAUCAAUAUUACCAGGUAAUCUAUUAAGUAAUAUUGGUCGAAAAUUUUCUUCUAUUAAUACGGUGCGGAAGAUAAUACAUAUUUAAAACAACGGGUAAGAGGUAUUCAUAUGCACAAAAAA